GCGCCAACUGUAAGGAUGUUGCUAGCAGCCAGUGUAGAUGCACAGCCUUUUCACAACAAUAACAUCAACCAAAUUUGCAUUUCCACAUACUUGAUUUGAGGAUUAUACAUUCCGGACGCUGUCGGAAACCAGGUUUUGGGCCGUACUACAUCUAGUUUUCUCCUGGAUUGUUUGGUUACAUUUUGUUUUGACAAUGGGAGCGGAGGGCUUUGCAGAUUUACAGCGCUCCUUUUUGCAGGAGCAGAAACAAGAAUCAUGGCUGGCCAGCUAGGCCGCAGAUGGAUUGUGUAGCUAAGAGCAGUAGUCUACUGAUAGAAAAUUCUGUAUGUUUUCGUGGCACUUACACAUAAAAAGUGGUGCUAAGGAAUCAGUAUUUUAACUACAUAGUUAGACGUCAUUUUUGUUACCUUUUUAUGGCCAACCACGGCAGCUAGUGAGACCGCUAGCUUCACAACCUUGACUGGUUGACGUUUGCCUAGCUAGCUCCUUUGGGCAGCUAACGAUAGCUAACGUCGAUUUACCAGACAUCCUCUGACCGAAAACAUUCGGGAAGUAAUCUCUUACAGGAUUUAUCGUGGUUAUUGUGAGCACCGAGGCACUUGGUUCGCAAAUUCCUUUUGCAAAGUCUGUUUCUGGAUGAAUGUGGGACAAAAUGGAGACCCCAACGAUUGUGUACGAUUUGGAUACCUCUGGGGGCUUAAUGGAGCAAAUUCAAACACUGCUGGCGCCCCCGAAGUCAGAAGAGGUAGAGAAACGGAGUCGGAAACUGGUGAGGGACGUCCGGAGGAGCGGCAGGGCGACUAACCACGACACCUGUGAUAGUUGCAGGGAAGGGGGAGACUUGCUGUGCUGUGACCACUGUCCUGCAGCUUUCCAUCUCCAGUGCUGCAACCCACCUCUGAGUGAAGAAAUGCUUCCUCCAGGGGAAUGGAUGUGUCAUCGCUGCAAUGUUCGAAAGAAGAAAAGAGAACAGAAGUCUGAACAGACCAACGGCCUGCCAGAGAAAUCCUCCUCCAAGCGCUCUGCUUCUCCAUCCGUGGAGCUGGAGCUCAACGCUGGCCCGCUGCGGCUUGACGGUCUUCCUCCGGGGGCCGGAGCUGCAGGCCCUGGUCUACGAGUGGCCCAGGUCCGACUGUUGGACCGCAGAACCAGCAGCAGGCCAAGCAGCCGACCUGGGACUCCAAAUUCCAACACUUCAUCCACCCCAACCCCCUCAGAGGAGCAGAACGAUGGAGAGGAGGAGGCAGCAGAGCCUGAGGAUGAAGUUCAGGGUGCAGAGCUCGAGGGUUCUACAGUUCCUGUUCCGACACCGCGACUCCUCAAGAGGCCCUUUCAGCUCCUAAUAGCGGCUGCUAUGGAGAGAAACCCCACUCAGUUUCAGCUGCCGAGUGAGCUCACGUGCACCACUGCACUACCAGGCAGCAGUAAACGGAGGAAAAAAGAAGAGCUGCUUGGAAAGCCCUUCAGGAGGCCUCAGCAUGAACUGGAUCCCAAUGGUCUAGUCCCUUUGCCAGUCAAAAUCUGCUUUUCAUGCAACAGGAGUUGCAGGUUGGCUCCGCUGAUCCAGUGCGAUUACUGUCCCCUCCUGUUCCACAUGGACUGUCUGGACCCUCCACUCACAGCUUUACCUGCCGGCAAAUGGAUGUGUCCAAACCAUGUCGAGCACUUAGUACUGAAUCAGAGGAGCCUCAGCUUGUCCAGCCGCUGUCAGCUCUUCGAUCAGUUCCAGGACAGGAUGUCCCAGCACGCAGUUAAGUUGGACUUCCUGCGUAGAGUACAUCGACAGAAUGCUCCCAACCGACGCACCACUCACCAGCGCAACAAGAAAACCAUCAAGGUGCCAGAUGCCAUCAAGUCCCAGUACCAGAAUCCUCCACCCAUGCUGCUUCCUGCAGGGGUGCGCCAGCUGGAGCUGGUUUGUAGUGGCAUUCCUGACCAUCAGCCCACAAAGCAUUUCACCACAGAGGCUGAGCAGCAGGAGUGGCUUCAGGAUGUCAUCGCUCUCCAGUGCAGUAUCAUGCGACACCUAUCCAUCAAACAGAAGGCCUCAUCAACAGAGUGGCACUUUGAGCAGAAAGCAAAUACACAAUCACGUGGAACAUCAGAGGACAUGAAAACUCAGGCCUCAUUAGAAAGGACUUCUUCCCCUGACCCCUGCUCUAAAGCUUGCAGUACACCCAGUGACUCCCAGGGGGCCUCUCUUUCCAAGGACAGCCCAUCAGGGCUAGUUCUUUGCAAAUGCACCGUGACACCAUGUCAGAACUGUAGGAAACCUAAUGGGCCUCUGGAAUUGGUUCAGCCUCCCAGAGCCAAUGGACCUGUAGACUGUAACAGUGCCUCAGAUUCCUGCAGGGAGGCUGAGCUGCAGAACAGACUGAAGCCUGGGAAAACGCCAUCAGACUCAGCUUCUGCCUCUGGACUGGUGAACCACAUAGGAACAGAAAUGGUUAAGAAGGAACCCGAGAGCACUGUAAAUGCAUGUGCUCAAAAGAACUGCCCCACUGCCCCCACGAUAUGGCCCCACAGUGGCCAACAGAACCACAGGAGCCAGACAGAGCCCCAGGAGGAGUGUAUGAGCACCGAUGAAAAGCCCUCCUUCUCAAUCACCAGCAGUUCCUUCACAGAUGCACCAUCUAGAGGCAGCCAGGAGCACGACACAGUAAAGUUUGGAUCAGCACCUACUCCAGACAUAAAGGCUGCUCCUGCACUGAUGGACUCACUGCUGCCCAACACACUGUCCUCCAUCACCAACCUGUCCAGCUGCAUGAAGGAUGGAAAAGAGGAGGAUGGGGGGAUCGAGCUGGACAAACUGGAUUCAGAGAUGAUCAAGCUCUUGGCCUAUCAGAGGAUCCAGCAGCUCUUUGCUCCCAAAGUGCCCAGCACUCAACCUCCCCCCACCACCAGCACUACCCCAAAAACCUCAGCACCCCACCCAAACAGUCAGAAAAAGGUGCAAGCCAGAGCGGUCUUUUACCCUCUGACAGGAAAAGGAGGAGCUGUCAGCAUGUGCUAUAGGACGUUACACAUAGGAUCAGGUGCUGACAUGGAUGUGUGCCUUACAAACUACGGUCACUGCAACUACAUAUCGGGGAAACAUGCCUGUAUUUUCUAUGAUGAGAAUACCAAGCAUUAUGAGCUUCUGAACUAUAGCGAGCAUGGCACCACAGUGGAUAAUGUCCUGUACUCAUGCGAUUUCUCUGAGAAGACCUCACCAUGUCCACCCAGUGGCCUGGUAGCCAAAGUCCAAGGAAUCAUUCGUCGCAGUAAGAAACGGGAAGAGGACGAAGGAGCCAACUCCAUGGUGGGGUUGUUGCCAGUAGGUGGAGUGAUGAGUAGCCAAUGUCAGGGUGGUGCUGAGCCGUCUUGUAGCUGCAAAGCGAGUAGCUCCAGUCUAAUUGGAGGCAGCGGGGCGGGCUGGGAGGGCACGGCCCUGCUCCACCAUGGCAGCUACAUCAAACUGGGCUGCCUCCAAUUUGUCUUUAGCAUCACUGAGUUUGCCAGUAAGCAGCCCAAAGAGGAGCAGGCCACUACACCUGCUGCCAGUUGCACAAGCACCAACACCAGCAGCAGCAGUGUCAUCAGCACCACCACCGCUAACACCUCCACACCACCACCACCACCCAGCACUGCCACAACGAGCGGCUUUUCCAACCAGGAUGAGGCUGACUCUGAGACUGUACCUCCCCACCAAGUGCCCGUACUGCGUUCUAACUCUGUUCCAUAAUCCGCACAGGAAGCCCCGCCCUCCCUCUUAUUUUGCACCUUCUGUGUCACGAUGAAGGGAAAGCUGCACAGCUGGUUGGUCAACAGGGAAAAGUUCUUUUUUGUUUGUUUGUUUUAAUGGUUUAUAUCUUUGCAUGAACUUGAAGUAUUAUUGACAAUCUUUUUUUUUUUCUUUUAAAUGACUGACGUAACCUUGUGUUCACUUCAGACCGUUAGGACUUUGAGCAAACAUUACUUACUUGCGCUCAAUCUUUUUUUUUGCCAGUAUAUUAGUUAUGUAUGGUGUAACCUUUUUGUCAGUCAGCCCAUUUAGCACAAACAUUUUUUGUUGUUUUCCUUUGUAGUAUUGAAUUCCAUACAUUCUAAUUUCUUUUGCUGCUUUUGCACCACAGGUAGCUAUAUAUGUAUGAAAACAUACAUGCUUAUACACUAUAACAUGUAUAUAUAAUGUAAAUACAUUUUAAUUCAGUGCCUCUCGAUUGGAGAAACAUUGGAUUUCAUGUAGAUUUGCCAUUUUUUGGUUUUUAACUGUACAGCUCAUUGAAUUUGUGAUACUGUGUAGAGUACCAGACGUUUUGUGAUAAAACUUGUUCUUAGUCUGUACUUUCCGCUGUAGUCCAUCUGUAAAUACCGUAUAGUUUUAGCACUCAUUUUAACAUCUUGUGCUGCUGUGUAUAUAAGCACUCUUUGUCUGUACCUGCUUGUCUGUUCAAACCUGUAAAUACAGAAAGAUUUUCUAAGAACAAA